AUUAAUACCUGAGCUUCACUUCACUUCACCAAACAUCUUCCCACUGAUCAGAGAAGAACCUGGAGCAGCGCUGGAGUCGAGAAUCUGAACGUUUUCUGGACUUUUAUUUGAGUUUUUAUGAAGAGUCAGUUCUGGGAUACAGCAACCAUGAACCAGUUUGAAGAAAUGGAGAGACUGAAAAAGGAGAGAAAGCUGUUGAAGCCUCAGGUUGAGCGCCAAAGGCGAGAACGAAUGAACCGCAGUCUGGAGAACCUACGGGUUUUACUCCUGCAAAGCCCUGAGCAACAGGUUGCAUCUCAGAAGCGUAUGGAAAAAGCCGAGAUCCUUGAACACACAGUUCUCUUCCUGCAAAACUCCAUCACCGAGACCAAGAAACCCAGAGCAGAAGAUGAGUCCUUGUCAGAACGUCAUCAGUUCCUGGAUGGGUUCUCAGUGUGUUUGCAGAAAGCAGCUCAGUUCCUGCAGGAGGAGAGCGAGACACAAGGCCUGAGUGAAUCCUUGUCCUCGUCCCUGUAUCGCUGCCUGAGCCGUCCACAGAGACCCGGGGUCAGAGAUGUGAGUCACAUCGCACAAGGACUGCAGUGUGUGAGGAGACAAACACACACAUUCUCACACCCGUACAGGAUCCCACUGAGACACACACCAACACACUCCAAUACUGUCCUGCGUCAACACAACAACAACAACAACAACAACACGGCUGGUACAUCACAACCCACAACCAUCACCAGCCCACAGUCGGUCCACAGACAGUGUGUGUGGAGGCCGUGGCCUUGAGAGACUCAAACACACACACACACACACACACACGUUAUUGUUUAUUAUUGGGCUUGUGUAAUAGCAUUUUAUUUGAAGAUAUUUAUUUAGUGUUCAGAACACAUUUUAACUUUUUUACACUUUAUAACUGUAAGUUUAUGAAUAAUUCACACUCAUUAGAAAGUAAAAAGAAAGAACAGAUUAUAGAGUUAAACAUGUAAAUAGUGUAUAAAUGAGAAAUGAUUAGUAGAAAUGAUUCUCCACUGCUUUUGCACAUUUUAAUUUAUUUACUUCAUUCCUUUAUUAAAUAAACUAUUUUAUUCUUCAAA